UAAUUUUUUGUGCAGUGUGAAAUAUUUGAUUUGAUUUUAGCAUAUUUAAUUGGGGAGAGCUCCCCCCUCUAGAAAGUUUUUCAAUUACUCCUAGAUUUAAGGGUCUUUUUGCUGGCUGAAAACAAACUAACAAUAACCCCAGCAGGCUCUCCGAUCACUGUCUCCAAUCCGAGUGGGAACUUUCAGUUUUUUAGAAACCAAAAACAGCUGUCGAGUGAUUUAAAUCGUUUGCAAAAUAAAACAAAAAAAAUAACCGGGGGCGGCGGCGGCUGUGACUGUGCAACAAUCCAAGUCGAAAUUGAGCGUGCGGUGUGUGUGCGUGCUCCUGUUGUGUGUGCGUGAGCGUGUGUGUGAGUGUGUGGCCAUGUCCUGGAAGGCUCUAAAGACCCAAUGGCAACGUCACCCCAGGUUCGCCCGCCUGCUGAUGGCCGGCAGCGUUAGUUUGGCCACCGCCGCCGGCUUUUGGCUGUGGAAUGCCGGUAAGAUGCGCCACUUCCUGGAGCGCCUCAAGCAGCCGGAGGAGGAGCCGGCCCGCCGGCAGGCUGAGUACAUCUACAUCAAGUACCACAUCUAUCGCGAGUCCAUGCGCCAGCUGCAGCAAAAGCAGGAGGACGACAAGAAGUGGAUCAGCGUGAUCGUGAAUCCCAUUGGCAAGUGGUGGAAGGCGGCCAAGCAUUCGGUGGCCUGGCGGCUCCUCAACAUAGCCCAAAUGGGCAGCCAGUCGGAGCGUUUGAAGGCUGUCCAGCAGCUGGUUUGCAUGAAUCACCUCAAGGACUGGGACUUUCGGCAUUUGGCCCAGAUCUGUGAUGCCCGCACGGCCGUCUCCCUGGCCCGCUCCGGCGCCGACACCCGCUGGUUCAUGCCCGUCCAUCGACGCGGCUGCAUCAAGAAUCCCAAGCUGCUGCUCUCCGAGCUGCACACAAUGCUCUCCCAGCUAAGGCCGCUCUCCUGCGUGGAUCACUUCUUUGCCAAGUACUUCCCGGAGCAGCAGGCACAGCAGGGAUCGGGUGAGGAUUCCACCCAAGAGCAGACCAUUGUCCUGUCCUCGGCCGACAUGGAUUUGCUGCGGGAAAUCAUCUCUUUCCUGCAUCACAUCAGCAAGGAUCACCAGGUCUCGGCCAAUAUCAUCCGGGAGGGCGGCCUGGUGCAUCUCAUGGAGCUGCGCAAGAUCUUCAGCGAGGACAACGAGACCCUGUCCACCCUGUGCAAGGUCUUGGCCAACAUGUCUGCCGUGCCCACUGCCGUGGAGCAUUUCUUUGCCACUGGAUGGAUUGGUGUCCUGGCCGAGUGGCAGCAGUGUCCCGAUCUCCGGCUGCAGGUGAUCUCCGCCAAGGCGAUGGCCAAUCUGGAUCGGGAUGAUCCCAACCAGUGCAUCUAUCCGCCGAAUGUCUAUCCGCUGCAUCCGCGCAUACGCACUGCCCGCAAGCCCAAGGCGGAUAUCAUCUUUGUGCAUGGCCUCAUGGGCGGGGUGUUUGUCACCUGGCGGCAGAGGAACCGGAAGACCACGGAGCUGAAUAUCUACGGAAAGAAUGCCUUUUACACCAGCCAGUCCAAGGAUCUGUUUGUGGCCGCCGAGCAGUGGCGGCAGCAGGCCAAGACUAGCAGUUCGGAAACCCCUGAGGAUCCCUCCGAGAAUCCGGAUAGCCAGUCCGCGGAGGAGCCAGUGCCCGACUCUGUGGUCAAGGCAUCCUCUAGAAAGACGAACCACCGCAAGCAGCUCAACGGCAGCGACGGCACCAUGGAGUUUGUCAAGAAACUAAGGGGCUCCGACCUCGACGCCGACUGGGAGGUGGUUCAUCCGGACAUCCCUUUGAAUGCCAGCGAGGAUUGCGCCGGCACCUUUAGCGUCUCGGGCAACGAGUGGCACAACCAGGACACCAGCGAGGAGUACACCAACUGUUGGCCCAUGGAGUGGCUGCCGGACGAUUAUCCCGAUGCCCGGAUCAUUGGCAUCGACUACACCUCUGCCCUCACCGAAUGGUCGGCCAACUUCACCAAGUACUGCCCCUGCGAGCGCGGCCAGGGACAGUUUGAGGUGCGGGCCAGCACUUUGCUGGAGCGGAUCGUGGCCUCGGAUGUGGGCAACGAUCGUCCGAUUGUGUGGAUAGGUCACUCCAUGGGUGGCCUGCUCACCAAGCUCAUACUGAUCAAAUCCUCGGAUUCAGAGGAUCCCAAGGUCCAGCAGCUGGCCAAGAGCACGCGGGGAAUUGUCUUUUUGGGUACACCUCAUCGGGGCUCGCCCAUUGCCAAGUGGAAGCAGCACAUGCAGAUGAUCUUGUCGCCCUCCAUCGAGGUCAAGGAGAUGGAGGAGAAUGCCCCCAAGCUGCUGGAGAUGCAUCGGAGGUUCAUGGACUGCCUGCACAGGUUUCUGCAUCGCGUGAAGGUGGUCAGCGUGGCGGAGGGUUCGCCGACGAUGCUCACCAGUUUCAAGUUUCCGCUGCGCAUUGUCACGGAGGAGUCCUCGCGUAUUGAUUUUGGGGAUUACUACCUGCUGAACGAUGACCACUUGGGGCUGUCCAAGCCCAUCUACAGGCAGUCCUUUCUCUACCAGCGGCUGUUGCAUGUGAUUCACGAGGCGGUGAGGGAAAACGAUGGGGCAGAGGGUGCGGCAGAGGAGCGGAAAGAAGAAAAAGAUCGUCAAGGAGAAGGAGCAAGAGCAGGAGACCCAGCAGAGGCGGAGGCGGAGACGGAGCAGGAGACCCCUCCCCACUCGGAGGAACGCCUCAUGAGCCUGGUGGCCAACUUAAGACUGUUUGACCUGCUGCCCCGGUUGGCCCUGAGAUUUAGUCCUUGAUUUUAGGGCUUAAAAUUGGCCUGAAACCGGACUAAACUUAACCCUUUUGGUGGGUUUUAUGGCUCCACUCUGGGGCCCACAUAUCGCCCCUUUACAAAUCCUGGCCAGAAUCCACAGCACAGCCUUUUCACACUCAUCUUUAUAUAUAUAUCUGUACAUGCCGAGAAUUAUUUCAUAAAAAGCAUAAAACCAUUGGCA